GCGAAUUCUGUCUGCCAACAACUUAACUACUUCAUCGGCAACCUUCUAUCGCGGCGUCACUCGCUUUUGCUGCCAACGCGGGCCUUCUCCAAGGAUCUUCACUGCCGACAAGCAGAGCCCCUUCGUGCAGCAGGACUGAUGACGGCCGUCGAAUCUCUCCCCCUUUCCCUCUCUCAACAGAGCCUAGUCAAGAUGGAAGAGCGUAAAAGACCUUCUCCUUACGAUUCCGUAGAAUCCGCUCCGCCGCUGAAGAAGCAAGCCACUUCUGCAAAUGGCGCGUCGAAAUCUCACAAGGAUGAUGAUAUGCCCUGGAAGGAUGAUCUGGAGAGAUUUCAGAAAGAUGCGAUAUGGCGGCAGAUGCAGGAAUAUAAGAGAGAGAAAAAUACCCUUGAGGCUCAAUUAAAAGAGAUGCGCAAGAAGGCUCGAUAUCACGACGAUCAUCUCCGGAUAAUUGAUGCAUGGUUCCAACAAGUUGUCGAUGAGGUCAAGGUCAUCGCCAAAGUGGAUGAGGAUGUAGACAUGGACCCUGUGUCCUUGCCCUCUUCGCUAGCAUUUUCGGAUCAAGAACAAUUUGAAGAACAUCUCCGCAACCGCUCCAGGCAGAUACAAGAUGUGAUAUCGAGACUGUUCGGUCCUACAAAGCCGCCAUCGCCUGACAUAGCAGAAUUGCAGUCACAGGUCGCAAAGUUGUUGGCGGCGGAAAAAAGUCACCUUGCCGAAUUACAGCGGCUGCAGUCGGAGAAAGACGAUUUGGAUCACCAGCUAGAAAAUGCCUCUCUCAGGUAUAUGACGGCCGAACGCAAAAUUGACAGGGCGAAGAGUGUAACGGUCGCCAAACUAGAGAAACAGGCAUUACUAGGCGCAACUAAGCCCGCGGGGGAGGAAGGUGGUCCGGUCAAGAGAGAAGAAAGUACGCUCAAUGGCACAACAGACAAUUCCGAAGAGCUGGCUGAGCUGGAAAAGGAAUUGAACAAAACCGUGGCAGCAUCAGAAAAGCAGAAAGAGCAGUUGGACAGGUUGGAGGAAGAAAAUGCAAAGUUGACCGCACAGAUAACGGAGCUGCAAACGAAAUCGGCAAGUUUGACGGAUGACGACUAUGCAAAAACCGAGUUAUUCAAGCAAUUGAAAUCGCAACUCGAGGAUACCGUCAAGAAAGUUAACAAUCUUGAAGCCACCAAUACCGAUCUCAAGGAAGAAGCCUCGAAAUUGCGGUCGGAAAGGACGACAUAUCAACUUCAGCUGGAAAAUGAGCAACGAGUGGCAAUAGUAGAGAAGGAGUCUCUUUUGGCGGCAUCAGAGGCCAAUCUGGCAAGGAUCCGACACAGCAGAGACGAAUUACUAGCCGAUCAGGCUGUCAAGCAAGCUUCUCUGGAUCAGAAUCAAGAGGCUGUGAAGAAGAUAACGGAACUGGCUUCGGCGCAAGAAGAUCGUAUUCGCGCGCUUGAAUCCGAAAACGAGCGGCUCACAGCUCAACCAGGCGAGAUGGCUGUGGAUAACGCAGAGCUGGAUGCUUUGAAUCUGGAAGAUCUGCGGGCCAGAUACCAUGAACUUGACAGGAAGUACAAUCUCCUCAAUGGUGAACUCGCGUCCAUGUCGACAGCGUUCCAAAAGACGUCAAAGAUUGCGAGUCAAAAAGUUUCCGAGUUUGCUGCAAUGGAGGAGAAGGUGCUGAAACUGUCGAUGGAUAAGACCAAAGCCGACCAGAAAUUCUUUGCCGCGAUGAAAAGCAAGGAAACUCAGGCUGGCGAAAUCAGAACACUGCGGCUGCAGAACGCAAAAUCGGCAGAGGCAAUCGGGGCGUUGAAAGACGCCGAAGCGGCCACGCGAGCGUUGCUGGCCACGGCAGAUAAACAGCUGUCCGAGCUGAAGGACGCCUUAGCGCAUAAGACCAACGAACAUCGAACCGCUCAACAACAAAACAUCACUCAAGGACUCGAAAUCUCCAGACUCAACACCCAAAUAUCUGAGCUGAAAACCCAGGCCACUGCCAAAGACGUCAAACUCGCCGCCGCAACUAGCGCUUGCCGUGCGGCUGAAGUUGAAGUGGAAGAUCUUAAGUCUUCGCUCAAAGACACGCGCAGAAAUCUGGAGACGUGGAAAUCCAAAUCAGGACAGUCCGAACAGUACGAGAUAUUGAGACAGUUUGCAUAUUGCAAUAUCUGCAAACGGAACCUGAAAAACACCGUGAUCAAGACGUGCGGACACACGUUCUGCAAUGAUUGUGUUGCUGAACGGCUGACGUUGAGGGCGAGGAAGUGCCCGAAUUGUGGGAAGGCUUUUGGCGCGAAUGAUCAUAUGCGGAUCACACUUUGAUCCCUCGAUCGCGUGCUGAGAAUGAGGAGUUUUCUGUUCAAAGACAAUGUAUCAUAUCGAUAUCCGAAUCCAAGGCCAAGUCCGUCGAAAACGACUUGUGACUCGAGACCUCCGGCUUCCGACCUCACUCAACAGAGCUUGAGAUUAGAUUUUGUGGGCUGUUUCCUCGGAGGCGCCCCGAGCAUGCCCAUGCUGCAAAUGUACGAAUAUUGCAUCUCACGACAUCAAAACUUCGCAAACGAGUGGCGGACAUCGGGUGCAUGUUUUUAGCCAACGGGCUAAACGCACACUCGGAACGACUGUUGGAAAUUCUGCGGUGGAGCUGAGCAGGCUUGGUGGCUGGUCGUCCAUUGAUUGCGAAACACCGCAAGGCACGUCAGAGGAGUGAAAGGCGGCGACAAGACGAGACGAAGCAAGGGCCCGUAUCUAUCCAUUCAAUGAUCGAUCCACUCCUGGUUGUAUGUGUCGGCCCCUUCAACCUUGGGGUGUGGUAGUACCCGUAUCCUGCAUGGCUUGUGAGCUGUCUCUGCUAGGCGCUGAUUGAGACACAGGGCGGCUCGACAGCAUAGCUGAGAGGGUGGAUAGCAAAGUGGCCAACAUGAUAUAGUUCGUGCCUGGAUGGCGGAAGGCUCUGCGCUGGCCUGGAGCUGUCAGGUAGUGUCGAAUGGAGAAACCCAUUUUGAAAC